CAGAAAGGAGAGCGGUUGCCAAGGCAGCCACCAAUCUCCCCUCCCCCUUCACCCUCCGUUCCUCUUCUUUCCCGUGUUUUAUCGGCAGAGGUCGCAUGGCAGAGGGAAGUCCAUCCACUUCUAUACUGGAACCAAUGCAAGAAUAUGCACCUCCAUAACAAAGCCUGCAUGGAGCCCUGAGAGAAACUGGGGGAAACUGCAGAUUUGUGACAAACUCUCUCAGAUCAGACAGGAUCUAAGGAGGCUUGCAUUGUUUUUGUUUUUUUGUUUUUUGUUUUACCCACACGUGCCUAUGAAUGAAUUGGCACUCUGCGCUUUGAGUGAGUGUUUGGCAUCAUCCUGGUGCGGAGCUCUGAGGAGGACUGCGCUCACCGGAGUUGGUGCCGAAGUUCGGCUGCGAACGGAUGUGAGGAAAUAGAGUACGGAGCACAACUUGCCCGUUAGUUUUCUUUCUUUCGUUCUUUUUUUUCUUUUCUUUUUUUCUCUCUCCCCACUUCCAUCCCUCUCGCUUUGACGUUAUUGCUGAGACAACAGUGAAGCCAAAGACGCUGAAAGUGAUUUCAUGCUUUCAGUUUCGUCCAACCUGAGAUGGAUGUGAGAUUUUAUCCUGCGCCCCCGGCAAACGUGGGCUCAUGCUCCCUACCGACUGAUCCCAGUUGCCUGAGCUCGUUGGACUAUUACCACCCGAACAAGGCCCGAUACAGUGUGGCUGAACGAGGCGUUAGGCUCCACACUGCAGCCCCAUCAGGCUUCAGUUCAUCUAGGAAAAGACUGUCCAAUGCUGUGUUUGAUGCUGACAACAUGUACAUGAAUGACAGUAACCAAGACUUUCGGAGCCCAAACCAGAGCUUCUCCAGUCAGGGACGAGGGAGUAACGGUGGCAGUGGAGGAGGAGGGGACGAAGACUAUGAGAUUCCUCCCAUCACACCCCCAAACCAUGCCGACCCCUCUCUGCUGCACCUCAUGGAGCACGAGUCCGGCUACCCCUUCCAUUCCCUGCCUCACAAUGGUUUGCUCAACACCUACUCCUACCCCGAGCUGCCUGCCCUCAUGAUGUCCAACAUGUUGGGUCAGGACACUCACCUCCUCUCUGGGCCUAUGCACUCAAUAAGCGGUGAGAAGCGACCCUCAGCAGAAAUGAUGAAGCCCAAGCCAAAACCUCAAAAGAAGAAGAAGAAGAAGGACCCCAACGAGCCGCAGAAACCUGUGUCGGCGUACGCGCUCUUCUUCAGAGACACACAGGCAGCCAUCAAAGGCCAAAACCCAAAUGCCACCUUCGGGGAUGUCUCCAAGAUCGUCGCUUCCAUGUGGGACAGCUUGGGAGAAGAGCAGAAGCAGGGUUACAAGAGGAAAACUGAGGCAGCAAAGAAAGAGUACCUAAAAGCAUUGGCCGCAUACCGAGCCAGUCUGGUUUCCAAGACGUACAACGACCCUGAACCAAAAAGUGCCCAACAGACUAGCCAACCUUCCCACCUGCUGCCCCCAAAGCAGCCCCUGUACAGCGUGCCCCCUCAGCCCUCUUCGCCCUACCUGGGCCCGACAGGCACCUUCCCGCUAUCAGAGCUCCAGAGCUAUGGCGGGCCGCCCCGCCACUCCCUGGCCCCGACCCUCAGCCAGUCCCAGAUGCUCCCACCCAGCAUGAGUGCCUCUCCCCCCACACCCUUCCAGAUCAGCCCACCUCUGCACCCCCAUGCUCAGCUCUCCCUGAACCAGAGCUCUCUACUCAAUCAGCCAAUUCGCAUGCAGCAGUCGCAGCCAAUCAUCUCGCACCAAAUGGGGCUCCAGGCAUCUCUGCAUUCUCCUCCUCUUAGCCAACAGGGAUUCUCCCAUCUCCAGGCUGAUUACCAGAACAGCGUUGGGGGCUCACAGUCUCCAGGAGCCGCCAACUCUGUGCAUGGCCAGAACCAUGACUGGGACAGUGAAUACUGCAACAGGGACUGUGGGCCCAACCAUUGCAGCAGUGGCAUGGGAGCUCGGGACAAGCCUCUCUACCUCACUUGAAGUUGAAUGACCUCCACACGUCAGACUCCAAGGAGCUUUCCAACAUAACAGCGGCAUCGUCAAUGUAUCUGCUUUUACAUGUUUUCUUUCUUUCUGAUGGAUUUUGAAAUCCCAAAGACUGCUUCUAUUACCUUCACCUACUUGCCAAGCACUUAGAUCGGACAGAAGCCUGAGGCACUUCAUGAUCUCGCUUUUUUUCCUCCCUUAUCUGUGAACUUUUGUCCACCUUUUUUUUGGUUUUAAGUGAAAAUGAGUGUUAAACUCAUGCCAGCAUACUGGAAAUGAAGACCAAAAUACAUUUCUUCUCAUUUUUGUAUGUUUUUUUUUUUUUUUGCUCUAGUUCUCUCUCUUAGCCAUGGACUGCCCUUACCUGGGAGGUUAAAAUGCUUAAAGCAUACUCAAAGUAGGACUUCUAUUGCAGGAAACUAGAAUUUCGUUGCCACUUCAAGGGUGGAUGCACUUCAGAAAAAUCUGAAACAUCUAAACCGAGAUAAAGAGAGGCAACGUUUCAAUGAACAUGUAAGACUUUUGUAAAUCAUCUUUCCUCUUAGUAAAAAAAAAAAAAAAAAAAAAGCCUCCCUUGUUUCCUGUAUUUAUCACAGAGUGAUUGUAAAUAUCACCAAAAUUGAUUAAUCUAAUGUGUGUAUUGAGCUGCGGUCCCUUGCCUUUUUUCCCGUAUCCUUUUUGUUUGAUUAUGUGAUUUCUGUGCAGGCGGAUUCAGUGAGGGAAGACACACACUAAAAGGCGUGUUGAAACUGUGUUCACUGGUCUUGUAUCUCUCCGAAAGGAAAAUGCAGAGACGUAAAAGAGAGAAAAAAAAA